AUGCUGGAACGAAACCAGAAUGCAGGGUCCCCUGGGGCAGCUUCAAUGGCAUCGUCCGUUGGGCCACCUAAGGCACUGGGAGAAAAAAUUCUGGCAGAUAUUCCGGCAGAACUAUCGACUGAGUUGAAACGACUUGAGGAAAUGUUCAUCGUAGAUCGGCAGAAACUGAAGCUCAUCACGCAGUAUUUGGUGGAAGAACUAGAAAAGGGUUUGACCGAUGAUGGUGGCGAUAUUCCAAUGAAUGUGACAUGGUCGUUUGGAUAUCCCACCGGACAUGAAACGGGAAGUUACAUCACCAUAGAUAUGGGUGGCACCAAUGUACGGGUCUGCAAUGUUGUCUUGACCGAUUGUAAAGGCGGCGUAGAGCUCAUUCAAGAAAAGUUCGUUAUGCCAGAAGGGCUCAAAAAGAGCAAUGCGGAGACAUUAUGGGACUUCCUUGCCGACUGCACUGCCAAAUUCCUCGACGAACAUAAACCGAGCACGAAGGAAGACCUGCCGUUGUCUUUCACGUUCUCUUUCCCACUAACCCAACCCAACAUCCGAAGUGGGAUCUUACAGAGAUGGACGAAAGACUUCGAUGUGGAUGGAGUAGAAGGCGAGGAUGUUGUUCCCCAGCUUGAGAAAGCCCUUAAAAAGCGGAACGUACCAGUCAAGAUUGUUGCCGUUGUCAAUGACACCACCGGGACUCUUAUUGCUUCUGCAUACAAAGAUUCAAAUAUGAAGAUUGGAAGUAUCUUCAGUACUGGCGUGAACGCAGCCUAUAUGGAAGUAUGUGGUGCAAUUCCCAAGAUAAGACAUCGCAGAUUGCCGCCUGAUCUCGAAGUUGCAAUCAACACAGAAUAUGGUGCCUUUGAUAACUCUCGAAAGGUUCUCCCCCGAACCCCUUUUGAUUGUGUCAUUGAUGAGGAAUCUUCACGACCAGGCCAACAAUUGUAUGAGAAAAUGGUGGCUGGGCUGUACAUUGGAGAAAUACUUCGUCUAGUUCUCCUUGACCUGCAUAGACAUAAUCAUAUGUUCAAGGGGCAAGACGUUUCUUGUCUCCGACAGAAGAACUCCAUUGACUCGCUGUUCUUGUCCACUGUGGAAGAGGACAAAUCAGACGCGCUGCACGACAUUGCGUUCAUUCUCAACAGUGCUCUGAACAUCAAAGCGAUUGAUUACGAGUUGAAAGUGACGCGUUAUUUGACUGAGCUAAUUGCGACACGUUCUGCUCGGCUAUACUCGUGCGGCAUUGCUGCUCUCACCAAGAAGAAGGGCCUGGAGACUUGUGACGUAGGUGUCGACGGAUCUGUCUUCAAUAAGUAUGACCAUUUUAGAAAUAGAGCGGCGCAAGCUUUGAAAGAGAUCCUUGAAUGGCCAGAAGGCUCAUCAGAUCGUAUCUCACUGUAUUCCGCAGAGGACGGGUCAGGGGUCGGGGCAGCCCUUAUAGCGGCGUUAGCGAUACACAGAUCGGACCCAUUGAACCAAGCAAAUGAGGUCGAUGAUAAGUGA